AUGGAAGCAAGGCGACAAGAUUUCGAGGAUCAGGAAAUCCCCGAAACAGCUGACCAAUUCCACAAUCAGCGAGGUUCACCGAGUAAAUCGUUGGGUGGUCCUACAUAUCAACCGAAUCUUCAUUCUCCAGUUAAUAAUCCUCAGGGGCAGACUAUGUCGGACCCAAAUUCAGGGCAGCAACGGCAAGCGGAAAAUUACUUCACGCCCAUCCAGACCUGGCUUCCAGACGGAGGAAGAGUCCUCCAAAACGAAUCGCAAACUCCUCAGUCUAAAUUCUCCAACAGGCAGGUCCCCGAUCCAAUACACAAAGGUCUUCGCACGGUUACGAGUGCACCUUAUCAUCACUCGUCCAUUGGUUUUCACUCCAUCUUCGGUGAGCUCUGGACAGAGAAAAUGGAAGAAAAGCGCGUGCACAUCAGACACUGCCUGCUCUUCGACUUCGACCUGGGCGUCUGCGCUACUCAGGCGCAUCGUCAUCUGUGCCAGACGGAAGGCCGUGACGCCCCCUCCCUCAACACCUGCCACUAUUGGUACAAUCGCUUCCGCUCUGGCGACAGGAGCCUUGAGGACCGACCCAGGUCGAGACGUCCCUCCGAGGUGGACUUGGACGCUCUGCGCAGCCUGGUGGAGGCCGACCCGAGAGCAACCACGCGCAGUCUGGCCACCACACUCCACUGCUCCAACACUGCCAUCGACAAUCAUCUCCACUCUAUCGCAAGGUUCUCAAGAUGGGAAGGAAACCACCCAGAGAGGCAAUCGGGCACGGUGUUCCAUGACAAGGAAGCUGACCGCUUCAAGCGUCGUCUUCUGGAAACCAUCGCGGACACUGAAGACCUCGCGCAAGACGUGGAUGCGUUGUCGCGCGCUCUGAUGACGACGGCGGACGCCAUUCGCAAUGUGAUAGCUGAUGAUGACAGGUUUCUUCUUACAAAAGAAAACAAAGUGUCGUUGCAAAUAAAUUUAUCUCUUUGCAACGACCACAUGACAGAUGACGGCUGCGAGGACGAGUCGUGCCAAUCCUUGCACAUAUGUCCUAAAUACUUCGUAAAACUUUGCACAGACCCUGACUGCGAAAAUGGUCACGAUCUGGAUUCGUUGCACAAUAAACGUAUACUCAGCCAACGAAAACUGGAAAAACUUGAUCUGGAUCUGCUAAAGAAGCUGCUGAAUCCAGACUCAGUCGUCCCCGACCUGUGCGAAGAUUACAACGUCGGCUUUUGCAGCCAAGGGAAUAAAUGUCGCAAUAUGCACAUCUGUGCCGAGUUCUUCACGAAAGAUUGCAAGGAAUGCCAGCUCAACCAUAACAUCAUGGAUUUCCAGUGCCAAAGACUGCUCCAGCAGGCUAAUGUGAAACUGAACCGAUCCCCGAAAGAACUCAGGAUAUACUUGAAAAAGAAAUGCAGCGUCAAAGCAGAAGACAUACUGAAGCGAAAGGGAGAAGCCGAAAAGAAACCAAUUGGACCAGGAAAUCUACGAGGAAAAUCCUCGAAACAGCCAAACCGCGAAAGAGAUUCAAUAUUCCCUUGUCAAAAUAUCGAAACUUUCACCCACGAAGAGCCAGAAACAAAGCCGAUUUCCCUGGCUCACAAAAUGAAGAACACAUGCAAGGACAUUGAUGAAUUCAUUCACGAAUUGCCAAAGAAGAAAGUGAUGGAAAAUGCCAAUAAUCGACUGGCCAAAUACGAAAUCGGCGACGGCGCAGGCGGCGGAGUAGGAAAAGUACUCAUGGUCGUCGGAGCAACAGGAGCAGGAAAAAGUACACUCAUCAAUGGAAUCGUGAAUUAUGCAUUCGACGUGGCGUGGGAAGACGAAUUCCGUUUUAAGCUGAUCGUCGACGAAGGACAUGAUCAACCCAAGUCUCAAUCCCAGAGUCAAACAAAGUGGAUCACGGCAUACGUCCUUAACAAACAACAGGGAUUCAAUCUGCCCUAUACCUUGACGGUCAUCGAUACUCCUGGGUUUGGGGACACUGAAGGAAUCAAAGCGGACGAAGCGUUGAAGAAUCAGAUUCGGGAAUUUUUCUCCCACGGUGGGAAUAUCGGUGUGGAUCAACUCGACGGGAUCUGCUUCGUCGUUCAGGCUUCCCUGGCCAGGCUCACACCCACGCAGAAGUACAUCUUCGACUCCAUAUUGGCGGUGUUCGGGAAAGAUGUCGUGGAAAAUAUAUUCGUCCUCAUCACUUUUGCAGACAGUCAGGCCCCGCCUGUCCUUUGCGCAAUCAAGGAUGCGGGUGUUCCGUAUACGAAAUCGUUCAAGUUCAACAAUUCCGCUCUCUUUGUGAACCGACGGAUCGAACCCGAGAACGAGGGAUUCGACAGAUUCUUCUGGAAUAUGGGUUUCAAUAGCUUCAAAAAUUUCUUUCAGACCUUCCAAAGCACCAAACCCGUGAGCCUCACCCUGACGAAGGAAGUUCUGAAAGAACGGCAACGUUUGGAGGCUGCCAUCCAAGGCAUCCAACCGCAAAUCACCGCAGCAUUGGGAAGGCUUGAGCAGCUGCGGCAAGAAUAUGCAGCAUUGAAGCAGCACGAAGCAGAAAUACUCGCCAACAAGAAUUUCGAGUACAAGGUGGAAGUUUCGAAGCAGAAAAAAAUACCACUAGUACCAAAUGAGUACGUGACCAACUGUCUGGUAUGCCACUACACUUGCCAUUUUCCCUGCUUCAUACCCAAGGACGAAGAAAAGGAUCAAUGCAAUGCGAUGGAUGACACGGGCUCGUACUGUACAGUCUGUCCUAAAGGCUGUCCACCGGCGGAGCACGUGAAUGCCGAUCAUCGCUUAGAAUGGUACCAGGAAGAGGAAUGCAGAACGUACGCUAAUUUGAAGGCCAACUAUGAGCAGGCUUCUGGGAAGAAGAUGACUGCCCAAGAGAUCGUGAAGGAACUCAUCAAGGACUUCAACGAAGAGAGGGUUCACGUUCUAGACCUCACGACAAAAGCGCACGAAUGCCUUCAGAAACUCCAGAAAAUAGCUUUGAAGCCCGAUCCACUGGGGGUGACGGAAUACAUCGAUCUCAUGAUCGAGGCGGAAAAACGGGAUGCUGCACCCGGCUACCUCCAGCGGAUCACUUACCUCGAAGACGCACGUCGCAAAGCGGAUUUGGCCGAGAAGCUCAAGGAUAAAUUUGAUCCCUUUGAAACGUACAUGAAGGAAUUCGAACAGGAGGGUAUAGAUAUAUCUUGCUUUGAUCCUCCAAACGUUGGAACUCAAUCCUCGAGCCAGGGUCAAGGCUUCCUCACCACCCUUGCCAAAGGAAUAAAGAAUACCCUUGGCAUUGGUGGCAAGUAGUAGCUAAACCUUCAAAGUGCGUAGUGCUCGCGGUAACCAACGUCGCGAUGAGGACAUCUGAGCCGUGUCCGGAUGAGCUAGGAAAAAAGUGAAAAUGAACAUAUCCAAUCAGGACAGGAGGUGAUGAUUAUUAAAAUCAAGUUCGAUUCCCUAUUAGUCCUUCCCAUACUAUUGGAUCUUAUCAUUUUAAAGGAACGAUCGUUUCUUUCAAUCUUCGAAGUGAAAUAAGUAAAAUCAUGAGUUUCAAGAAUACUCUCAAAAGAAACUUGCUUUCUAAAUAACAGGACGUGCCUCAUUUCCACGUGUGCUGAUGAUCAUAAUUCAUAUUUCAUCAUUUUAAUUUCUAACUGGUGAAUAAUGUGUAAGAAAUUCGUAAAUCAUAGAUGGCCACCCAGUCCUAAUAAAAUCACUAUAUAAGCCUCCAAGUUUUGGAACACCAUAGCGAAAAAGCCCUACCAAAGAGAGUUCAGUAAGUAAUUUAUAAAUAUGAU